AUGUUCGCGCUUCUUAAAUUCAUCGUACUCAUGACGUCAUUAAGAAUGAGCCUUUUCGUUGAACAAACAGCAGGUCCUGCAGAAAUAGAGGAAUUGAGCGAAGAGUCGCUGUUGGAAUACGCGUUCGGAAACAACACUGAUCCGGACAAAAUAGACAUCGCUCUUCUUGAAUCCGAACGUUUUCGAGAUCUCGUGAAUUCUGCGAGAAGGAAAAACAAGAAUAAAUACGUGAUUGGCCACCAAGCACUCAAAGGGGGACGCGAUUAUAUGUCAAUGACCUAUGCGCAAUGUGAUGGAUCUGAUGCAGCAAUCGGUGUACUCAACCAGAUAUCGCUUGGAAGACACGAGGCGUUUUCGCAAGAAAUACCGGAACGAUCCCGCGUAUCAAGCGGCGGUGUUUUACGGAGCGGCGAUGCAGAUAAGGCACACGUCGACGUCAACGACAUGGUGGAACGUAUGUUUCUUAUACGGCAGAAUUUCGUGGGAGUCGCGAAAGAUGAAAUGCCGGAAUACGAGAAUAAUCCAGCUCUAAAUGAACCACCGGAGCUUAAGAUUAACUUUGACAUUUUCGAUGAUAAAAAGAAAGGCGAAACUGCUAUUCUAGAUUAA